AGAUGAAUGUGCUAUUGUGGUUGGUAUACAUAUAUUUCUGGACUAUUCCCACAACUAUCGCCCUUUGCAGUGAAAGUAUUAGGUAAUGAUAUCAAGUCACAGUAUUUCAUAAUUGCAGGCAGGAGUCCAAAGAUAAUUUAUGGAUUGUGGGAUAUAUUCACUCAUAUGUUGUGGAUGUAUUCACUUUAAAAUCAGAAUUGCUUCCAUUAUUCCUGUGUGCACUCACACAACCCUGCUCAUAACUGGAAAUCACUGAGAAUUACCACCCAUUUUGAAUCCCAGGCAGAUUUGAUUAUAAAUACUGUUAGAUAUGCAGUGUGCUGAGAGUGGGGUGUCCCCUUGGGACACAGGGCUCUGGUUUAUUUUAGGUUAGAAGAAAAAACAGUAACUUAGACCAGGGUUUGCAGCUAUAGUCUGAAGCACAGGCACUCCCCUCUCUGGGUGGUGGCUGGGUGCAGAAAGACAGGUGUGCCUAUUGUUUUUACUCACAGCUCUGACUUGAGUGUCGGGACACACAUGUUGUCUCAGGAUUAGUGAGAGAGGGAUUAGAGAGCGAGAGAGAGAGCAGUAUCAAUGGGUUUUUGUAACAAAGGCAUUAUGCUCUUAUGUGACACUCCAAACCGAUCUAGUUCUAACAUGCAUCGGGCAGAAAAUUGAUUAAAACGUUACGAAUUGCCGGUUCACAAUUUUUUUGUGCUAUGGAUCCGCUUAGUUGUCUACAUACACCCUAGACGUAUACAUCAAUUACACACACACACACACACACACACACAAAGAGUCAGCUCAGACAGAUCUAGCUCAGAUGCCCAGCUCAUGAGCUCCAUCAGCAGCAGAUUUGAAUUUAAAAUAGAAAAUGAACGUGUUUAUGCAACCUAUGUUAGUGCAUCGAGUCACAUCGCACUGAAUUGCAUCGAAUCGUUUCAAACUAAAACGUAUCGUUCCAGUGUCGUAUUGUAGCCCAUGUAUCUAAACAGGUAUCAAAUCAUCUUGAAAUGGAAAGAUGCACAUCCCUAAUUAUACCACAAAUUAGAUAGCUUUUUCAAACGUCCGCUUCACAACAAUAUCUAUUCCUAGAGGCAUCGUGGUUGGUCGAUCCUGUUAUUUUCUCUCUCUCAGUGAGGUAAAGGAUGUGGAUACGCUGCUCUUAUCUCUGAUUAGAGGGAGAGUUGUUUUGUUAGAUUGAUAGAUUCCUUCAUCCUCUCUGAGCCCGGUUGUAUUGGUAAACAUGCAUUCUUGUGUAUCUGUGUCGGCAAGGACAGGGAGGCGUCGUCUCAACGGAGGAGAUAUCUUUAGUAACACCAGCAGCACACUGGAGGCUUUAACACACAGACCCUGACCUGAGCUCUAAGCAGUAGCCCCCACAGUGCAAGGGUCAGUCGGACAGGUCUGUGUGGGAAGAGUCCAAGUGAGAAGAGCAGGGGGGGUGUCAAUGGAAGAAGUUCGGACAGCAGGCCCUCACUGCAGCCCAAACCACAAGUGCCUCCGAAGCCAGCCCACCUCCAGAGCCCGGUGACGAAGUCCGCCGCCCACCCGCUGGGGCGUGUGGAGAGAGCACUCCUCAGAGCCACCAUGGAGGAGAGAAGAGGAGGGGCGAUGAUGGCGAAGAGCCGGGAGAAACCCUCCAAAGUCUUGAACCUCAUCAACCACUUCGAGGAGAACAGCCAGUCAGAAACCAAGGAGGGCUCACCACUCAAGCAGCUCAGCAAGUCGCCCCUCUGCAGUCCGGCUCACCGGGUCAACCAGAGACAGUCAGAGUCCGAGCAGCAGGACAACAACUCGGUGGAUUCAGGCUCUGUCCCGAGAACGCAGCGGGAUGCCCACAAACAGGCAACUAACGGGAUGCUAACCCAAAUGGACAGAGACGGGGACAGGGAGAGUGGGUCCCCCCUGAGGAAAGACACUGCCCUGGAGAAUGGGGACAUGGGGGACGGGAGCAUGGGCGUCACUCCCCUCCUUCACACACAAAGACCCAUACUGGGGAGGACAGUGGACUUACAGGAGGAGACCCCCAACGUAAACAAAGGAAGCAAGGAGGAGGGCAUUGUGGAGGAGAAGGUACCGGAGACCAAUGAACAAAAGCUGUACAAGAUCGCUACUGAGCUCCUGAAGACAGAGAGGGCCUACGUCACGCGGCUCAACUUGCUGGACCAGGUGUUCUGUGCCAAGCUGACGGAGGAAGCUCUAAAGGGCACAUUCCCAGUGGACGUGGUGAAGAACAUCUUCUCCAACAUCUCCUCCAUCAACACCUUCCACAACCAGUUCCUCCUGCCUGACCUGGAGAAACGCAUGGGAGAAUGGGAGUCUACCCCUCGCUUAGGAGACAUCCUGCAGAAUCUCACACCCUUCCUGAAGAUGUACGCUGAGUAUGUGAAGAACUUUGACAAUGCAAUGGAGCUGCUGAAACAGUGGACGGACCGCUCGCCACAGUUCAAAGCCAUCAUCCAGGACAUACAGAGCCAGGAGGCGUGUGGCAGUCUGACGCUCCAACACCACAUGUUGGAGCCGGUACAGAGAGUUCCCCGCUACGAGAUGCUGCUCAAAGACUACCUGAAGAAACUGCCUCAGGACGACCCCGACCGCCGAGAUGCAGAGAAGUCAUUGGACAUCAUCGCCAUGGCAGCCACACACUCCAACAGUGCCAUUCGAAAAUCUGAGAAUCUGAAGAAGCUGCUGGAGAUCUAUGAGAUGCUGGGGGAGGAGGAGGACAUCGUCAACGCCUCCAAUGAGUUCAUCAAGGAGGGACACAUCCUGAAGCUGGCUGCCAGGAACACCUCGGCUAUGGAGAGAUACCUCUUCCUGUUCAACAACAUGCUGUUGUACUGCGUGCCCAAAUUCAGCCUGGGAGGGGCCAAGUACACGGUGCGCACCCGCAUCGGGAUCGAGGGCAUGAAGGUGCUGGAGACCAUCAACGAAGACUACCCUCACACCUUCCAGGUGUCUGGCAAGGAGAGGACUCUGGAACUGCAAGCCAGCUCUGAACAAGACAAGGACAACUGGAUAAAGGCUUUCCAGGAAACCAUUGAGAUCUUCCAUCAGAAGAACGAGACGUUCAAGUCCGCCUCCAAAGACGUGGAGGAAGUGUCAACGGCAGAGCUGGGGAAACGUGCUCCUCGCUGGAUUCGGGACAAGGAGGUGACAAUGUGUAUGAAGUGUAAAGAGCCCUUCAAUGCGUUGACACGACGGAGACACCACUGUCGCGCCUGCGGAUAUGUUGUGUGUUGGAAGUGCUCAGACAAUAAAGUGGCCCUGGAGUACGACAGCAACAAGAUUAACAAGGUGUGUAAGGACUGCUACUCCAUCCUGACUGGAGAGGAGAAGGCCGAGGGCAAGAAGAAGGGCAUUCUGGAGAUUGAGGCGGCUCAGUUCUCCGGAAGCAGUAUCAUUUGUGGCUUCCUGCAGCACUGUGAGAAGAACAAACCCUGGGGGAAGGUGUGGUGCGUCAUCCCAGAGAAGGAGGCAUUGGUUCUCUACCUCUACGGAGCCCCACAGGAUGUGAAGGCCCAGUCCUCUAUCCCUCUGCUGGGCUACUCUGUGGAGGACAGCCCCCGGCCUGCCGACCCUCCAGCCAGCUUCCGUCUGUCCCAGUCCAAGUCUGUCCACAGCUUCGUGGCCGAAAGCGAAGAGCUGAAACAGCGCUGGCUCAAGGUGAUCCGGGUGGCUGUGACUGGGGAGGUGCCAGAGUCCCAGAUGCCCAACGAUGCCACUGCCAACGCCACGGACACCCAAGAGACAAGCUCAGACAGCACCUAACUGUGUGGUGUGGCAUUUAACAGCUGAUGGCCACCAGAGACGUAUGUGCAUGUAUGCACACACACACACUCUCAUGCUACCUUCAUGGACACACACAAGACAAAUGUGCAAACUCAGUGCUGGAUAAGCUGCCUCUCCUCCCCAGAGUGGAUUCUACAAAUCUUAAGCGAGGACUUGGCUUGGCUCCACCACCACCAGAGCUGUGCUGGAAUGGGAAGAACACAAUACAGUUUAAUCAUCACUAGAGCGGAGCAGGGGGGAAUGGACCUCAGAACGGUCUCUACUUCCCCCUGUUCAGGGCAACCUACCUGGGGUAUCUUGCACUCUGAGUACCUCAAGGUCCUUAGCCCAAAAUAGUAAAUAAGAUAGUUUACUCAAGCCGUUUAAAGGUUCCUGUCUGUCAUGCUCACGUCAGAGGGAACAGCUGGUUCUUGUCUACUUAUUGUCCCCUCCCGCUUGCCCAACCAUGACCAGAAUAAAUGAGUCAGUGAGAUAUCUCGCCCUGUGUCACCACCUCCACGAAGCGGGGGGCAAUAAGUAGACCAGAGUGGCCCAGCCUCGAUCAGAUAAAAUUAGGUAGUGGGGUGUCUCUACCGUCCCUGCUCAGCCCUCACUGGGGAGGCCUGCAGGCUUAACAGACCUCCUCCAGCUUCAUAGAUGUGGGUCUGCCGAUGUGAAUCAACAGGGACUGGUUAGAACUACACUGUCUAUUAUGAAUUAGCCCUGUAUAUAGUGUUACUCCAUUUUCAUGUACAAAGAACCAAUGCUCUCAAUAUGUUUUGAUAAAGUUUGAACAGUGUUUUUGAUCGAAAAACCUAACAUACUUCUGACAUACGAACAGCGGUUCAAAGUAAAGGGUCCUGUCCUAGGAUAGUAUCACAGGGAAAGUUCAGUCCUCACUUCUCCAAUCAGAUAGUUUCACAUCACAGUAGCCAGGAGCCAUGUUCUACUGGCAAGAAUAGAAUCCAUCUAACAGAGUUCCUCUUGUACCUGGGUCAAGGUCCCAGAAAGAUCUAUUAGUCAGAAUAGCAAUCAAGAGGAUCAUUCUAUACUUUCAAUUGCUGUAACCCCAUAAACUAAUGGAAAGGAUGCAGAAGUACUCACCCAUCCAGAACGAACAGGCUUCAAUCCAAACCCGCUGAGGGAUAGCCUUUCCAGCCAGGCAAUGCAUUAUGGGUACUCUGCUGUACCUGUCCCAACCUUCCUCACCUUGGAAUCCAGGAGAAUCCACAAACUUCUCCCAAGUCAGUGACCUCUAAAGCAACCAAAUCCUGGUCAGAGUAAUGUGUAGAAAAGUGUCACAUUUUACUACUGCUGUGAUUGACAAUUUGUCAGUCAUUAGAGCCUUUACUCUAAUCCUGUAGGCCUUUAAUAUGAAGACAGACACGCUGCCAUAUGGCAGCAUUGAGGAUGAGUGAAUGGUUGUACAGCUUUAAUGACCUAGCCCCACAGCCCCGUUGUAGACAUGUAUAAUAUACAUAGUGGGGUUCUUUGUAGCUUACCAACAGGGAUGACUAGACUACUAAGGACCCAGAUCUUGUCUUACAUGGGGACAUCACCCCACAAAGCAGCACAAUCAGAAGUAAACACAAUGACCAGGUGGGGAAAGACAUGUAUUUUUUAAACAUGUAUUUAAAAAGUAAUUCAUAGAAUAUGUGCAUGAUGGUUUAAGGAAAGUAGCACAAAAGUUAGCCCUCAAAUUGCCAUGUCAACUAACAGAUUCACCAAGGUGUUGUCCCUCAUUCAAAUUGAGUGUGACUAAUCUAGGACUGCAGAAUUAAGUGUUGAAUGGAAUAGGCUAAUGUGCCUAUAACCUGUGUUCAUACACGUUCUACUGUUCCAAUCCCCUGUACAAUGCACCUCUCCAAUACCAUUCUCUCCGUACUCACAGAAUGCAGAAGAGCACACCAAUCCUGUCUUAAGAUCUGAAUGUAAAACCAGAUUGUUUGUUCACUCUCCCGAUUCCCUCCUCCCCAAGGUUUGAGAAUCUACGCACUUUACCAUCUUAUAUAAAGUGUACCUUGUAAGAAAAUAAAACAAGAUGAAGUAUUA